GACACUCUCCUCCUCUGGUCUCGGGGUUUCCAGAGUUUCUCCAGUUGCGGAAGACAGCUGUUAUUUUUCUCCUGAAAGCUUUUGGCACAGCCGGCAGGCUGAAACUUCCAGGCACCUUUUGGAAAAGUUGUUAGGGUUUGUUUGAAGCUUUCUUUACAUUUUCGUUUGGGUUUUCAAGCCCUGACUUUACGGAGGCGAGCUCUUCGUUUGCUUUGAAGGGUUCUUAAAGAUUUUUUUCCUCUCCGGCUUUCGUUUUUCUUGAACCCACUCGGCUCAAUCAUGGUGAUGUUCAAGAAGAUCAAGUCUUUUGAGGUGGUCUUCAACGACCCCGAGAAGGUGUACGGCAGCGGGGAGAAGGUGGCCGGACGGGUAAUAGUGGAAGUGUGUGAAGUUACCCGAGUCAAAGCCGUCAGGAUCCUGGCUUGCGGCGUGGCCAAGGUCCUGUGGAUGCAAGGGUCUCAGCAGUGCAAACAGACUUUGGACUACUUGCGCUAUGAAGACACACUUCUCCUAGAAGAGCAGCCUACAGCAGGUGAGAACGAGAUGGUGAUCAUGAGGCCUGGAAACAAAUAUGAGUACAAGUUCGGCUUCGAGCUUCCUCAAGGGCCCCUGGGAACAUCCUUUAAAGGAAAAUAUGGUUGCGUAGACUACUGGGUGAAGGCUUUUCUCGAUCGCCCCAGCCAGCCAACUCAAGAGGCAAAGAAAAACUUCGAAGUGAUGGAUCUAGUGGAUGUCAAUACCCCUGACCUAAUGGCACCAGUGUCUGCCAAAAAGGAGAAGAAAGUUUCCUGCAUGUUCAUUCCUGAUGGACGUGUGUCAGUCUCUGCUCGAAUUGACAGAAAAGGAUUCUGUGAAGGUGAUGACAUCUCCAUCCAUGCUGACUUUGAGAACACGUGUUCCCGAAUCGUGGUCCCCAAAGCGGCUAUUGUGGCCCGACACACUUACCUUGCCAAUGGCCAGACCAAAGUGUUCACUCAGAAGCUGUCCUCAGUCAGAGGCAAUCACAUUAUCUCAGGGACUUGCGCAUCGUGGCGUGGCAAGAGCCUCAGAGUGCAGAAGAUCAGACCAUCCAUCCUGGGCUGCAACAUCCUCAAAGUCGAAUACUCCUUGCUGAUCUACGUCAGUGUCCCUGGCUCCAAGAAAGUCAUCCUUGAUCUGCCCCUAGUGAUUGGCAGCAGGUCUGGUCUGAGCAGCCGGACAUCCAGCAUGGCCAGCCGGACGAGCUCUGAGAUGAGCUGGAUAGACCUAAACAUCCCAGAUACCCCAGAAGCUCCUCCUUGCUAUAUGGACAUCAUUCCUGAAGAUCACAGACUAGAGAGCCCCACCACCCCUCUGCUGGACGAUGUGGACGACUCUCAAGACAGCCCUAUCUUUAUGUACGCCCCUGAGUUCCAGUUCAUGCCCCCACCCACUUACACUGAGGUGGAUCCGUGCGUCCUUAACAACAACAACAACAACAACAACGUGCAGUGAGCCUGCAGGAAAUGAAGCAUCUGUAUUAGCGCAUUUCUUUCUGCCUCUCUGCUUGAACUCCAGUGUUUCAGAGACUCAGUCUCUACAGCGGGGAACGGGUACACCCCAGCCGCUGACUCCUCAAGAUGGGUGGCAAUCAGUAGGCGGGUCUCCGGCUUCAAGUGGUGCAGACCAGUGCCCGCACUGUGGCAUAGGAGUGUUUGCUGGGUGGAUGUCAGAACACUCUUAGAAAAAUUGAGACCUGACCACUUUCUCGGAUGUUGGAAAUGAAGAACUUGUUUGUGUUGACUGAGUCAGGGCACUGCUGACCUUCUGGCGUUGUCUUUCCAAGGUUUUUGUUUUAAAGGGACUUUUAAAUUGUCUAAAAUAUCAGUAGACCAUCAUCUGUGCCAUGGGGGACAGAGCCAAUUUCAAGUCAUGGCCAAAAUUUUGUAAGAGGAGUGUUUUUGUGUGUUUUUUAAAGUCAGUGUUCCUUUUUUAUAUCUUUACAAAGAAAAGACCUUCCACGGCUGGUGAGCACGCAGCCUGUGAAAUUCGGGGCAGCUGCUCCAAGUUGACUUCACCCUGGGAGCAGUAGUAGCUGUGCCCACUGACGGCCAUAAAAGCCAUUUUACAGCCAGUUGCACUGUGUUCUCUUGUAAGCAUAAUCAGAUGGGAGAAUCUGUUAUUUCCCUGUAACCCCUUGGAAUUGAUUCUAAGGUGAUGUUCUUAGCACUUUAGCUUGUCAAUUUUGUUUUAGUCUCCGUUAUAGAUGUAAGCUCCACCAGUCUCUUAAGGAUUAAGCCCAGUGACUUGGAGGGUGGGGGUUAGGGUCUCUAUCCCUGAACAUUGUAGACCCAGGCUGGCCUGAGAGAUCCACCUGCCUCUGCCUCCUGAGUGCUGCGAUCAAAGGCCCAGCUUGGUUAUUGCUUUUGAGGCUUUCUCCCAACGCACAGACUUGUGUAAUUCUAACACUAAUCCUGUGAAGGGUUGUGGUUGACAGCUGGAGCCUGGGUGACAUUCUACAUUGAGAUGCCCCAGCACUGAUCGGGGCACAGAAGCCCCCAGACCCCAUUUCCUGUCCAGUGUUGGGAGAAAGUGCUGCUUUCACUGUGGCCUCAGCCCUGGCUCGGAAGCUCACUAAGCCUUAGCACUUUGUCCUGUGUCAGCUCCACCUGAGAACUGUGCAGCCAGAAUGUCUGCGAGCUGAUGGAGGUUUCGGUUUUGUUGUUUUUGUAUUUUGUGUAUCUUUUUGUAUGAUUAAAAACUAUAUUUUCUACUUAUCCAAAUAUAUUUUCACCCCAAAGUGGGGUUAUCCUUUGUAAAAAAAAAUAAAGUUUUUUAAUGAC